AUGAGGUCCCUGGCUAACCCAAAUAAUUUUGCAAAACUGGAGGCACUUAUUGCCUCGUUAAAUUUUAAACCGGAUAUUGUUUCAAUAACGGAAACCUGGAUCGUGGAAAAUCAACCCGGCCACUACAAUAACUUACAAGGAUAUUCAUUCAUUUCUAAUAACCGAUCUAAAUAUAGAGGGGGUGGUGUUGGGUUAUACAUAAAGUCCAAUCUAAACUUUCAUAUUAAACAAUGUACAUCCAUCAUGGAAGAAAAAAUAUUCGAAUCACUGUUUGUUACUUUAGAGGACAUAAGUUUUAAUACCACCAGUAAUUCAUCGCAAAGUAGUUCCCUUAUCUGUGGCGUAAUUUACAGAUCACCCGGUAUAGAUCCUAAAUCUAACCUUGAAUUCCGUACUCAUCUAUCUUCAGUCCUAGAUAAAUUAGAAACUAGAAACUCCAAAUGUAUUAUCAUGGGGGACUUUAAUUAUGACCUUAUAAACGAAAACAACACAAACACUAACGAUUUCAUAGAUUUAAUGCAUGACUAUUGUUACCAAUCAAUUAUUAUAAAUAAGCCAACCAGAAUUACAGAUACAAGUGCCACAGCCAUUGACCAUAUUUGGACUACUAUCAAUAGCUCACAAAUCAAAGCAGGCAUAAUAACAGACCCAAUAUCAGAUCAUUUGCCAAUAAUCCAAGCAAUCAACCUCAAAAUUAAUAACAGCCAGUCUAACAUCAGUUCAAGAAAUUUUAGCCAGAAAAAUAUAAUAAAUUUUAAUGGAAAGUUAGCAGACAUGGAUAUCAGUAAAGUGCUACAGGAAACAGAACCAAAUCUUGCCUACUCCCAAUUCCAGCAACAAUAUAUGACAGAAUUUAACAGUAGCUUUCCGGAAACUAAAGUAAACAAAUCUGACAAAAGUAAAUGGUUUACCAAAGAUCUUUACCUUCUUAACAGAACCAAGCAGAAGUUAUUUAAAAAAUACUUGCAAAGGAAUACAGAAGAAAAUAAGAAAAGGUACAAUGCAGCUAGAAACAAAUACCAUCAUGCAGUUAUAAAUGGAAAAAGAGAACAUUAUAGAAAGCUAUUUAGUGCAAACAGAUUAAACAUGAAAGCCACCUGGAAAUCUAUAAACUCACUACUUGGUAAAAUCAAAACUCAAUACACAAAAGCAUUUGUAAUAGAUGGUAAACCGACUACUGAUCCACUCAUUAUUUCUAAUAAAUUUAAUGACCACUUCUUUAACAUAGCCGCAGAUCUAGUAAAGCAGAUACCACCCACAAACACACAUCACACCCACUACCUCAGUCAAAAAUCUCAAAACUCCAUUUUCAUCUGUCCAACAACCCCAACUGAAAUUAAAAAUAUAAUCAUGGACCUAAAAUCUAAAUCUAGCUGUGGCAUGGAUGGCAUCCCAA